AUGUCUCACUCUCAGAUACAAACGGAAAACCGAGAACUACCCUUGAACCAGCCUGAAAACUGGCAAGUCAAGUUCCCUCGGUACAUGGUGGAGCUCCCUGAACAUGUCCACGAUGUAAAUGUUUCUUAUAUUGGGAUUCAACCCCGAUAUGAAGAGAAACCUGCAAGGGGGCUGCAUACUGAACUGAAUGCUCACGUUACUUCUGCCGCCCAGAGAACGGCCGUUGCGAAAGUCGAAGAAUGGAUUCGACAGGGAGCCGGAGAACUGUCACCGGUUUUAUGGGAGAAGAUAUACGUGGAGGCUGGUUGUGAUGUUCCGGACACAGAAAUAUACAUUCUUUAUUGGAUUGAUAAAGAUGUGGCUAAAGCUGCCAACAAGAGCUUGAACCUGCAGCUGCUUCAUAAAACUCUAUCUUCCUCUGAUCAAAAGGUAGUCGGCCUAUGGAGGGAGUCAUUCACAGUUCCCAAACAGAGAUUCGAAACAGUAUAUUCUGGAAACGACUAUCAGCCGGGUAUCGCUUCCCUGGAGGGUGCACAGCAAGUCGGCCACAAAUUCACCGGCUAUUGGGGAGCAGCGCGCGAUAGAUUUCCAGCAUCAUCGCACGAUCCUUUCGAACCAGAGUAUAAACUCAGUCCUCCAAACUUUGAGAAAGAUAGCAAAGGUCGUGUCAUUGAGGGUGAAAACAGGGUGUCUGUCCUUCAUAUACGGUCUGGCCAAUAUUGGGAGCGGUGCAAAGACGAUGAAAGAGAAGCAUACGAAAGCACCCUUGAGCCAGUACUAAGAGCUGGGAUGACUUAUCUGGAAGAAAAUCCGGCGGAAUCAGGCGACAUUGGGCUGCGAUUCUCUCGGAACAUGACUACAAAUCGGCUGCUUCAGGCAGAAGAGGCGCAACAUGGCUCCAAUGGUGUCUCCAAAGCAGACAAAUUCGGCCUCGUCGUGACAACGGAGCGACGAAGACGCGAGACUUGCAGCAGUGGCUUCUUCCGAUCGUUGAAAGACAUUGAGGCGUGGGCUUCCAAGCACAAAUCGCACCACAAAAUCUUUCACGGAGCGCAUUCGCAUUCUCAGCAGUUUGGCAAGGAGACGUUCAAGAUGCGCACGUGGCACGAGGUUUCGGCUUUAAAGCCGGGCGAGGUGACGUUUGAGUACAUUAAUUGUUAUCCAAGGACGGGACUGAUUCCUUUUUUCGACGUGUGAGAUGAUCUUUGGGGUUGAUAGAUGAGUAGAUUAUAAGCAUUGGAGGCGUAGCAUAGCAAUGGAG